AUGGCUUCAACAUUAUCAUCCAAGAUCCAGCGCUCAGCUGUGCUCUUGUCCUCCACUGCCGCCAGAACCCCAGCGCGCAGUGCCGCCCCAGCCUCGGCCUUCCACCGAGCUAUCUCCGCAAGAGGCCUGGUCACUUCACCCCAGACUCGAGUCCUCAAGCCUCUGGCACAACCAUGCACCUUGCAAACCAAGCCAUCCCCGAGCAAGAGCUUCCAAGUCCAGACGCGGUCGCAGAGCACGAAAACGGAUAAGUUCCGACAAUGGGGCUUCGAAGAAAUCACCGCCGCACUUCCCUCGGGACAGAAUACACCGACGCACAAGCCCAUAAUCCUUAUCGAUGUGCGCGAGCCUGCUGAGUUGACCGGAACCGGUAUUAUCCCCUCGGCGGUUUGUAUCCCGUUGGCGUCGCAGCCGGAUGCUAUGUACUUGACCCCAGACGAGUUUGAGACUCGCUUUGGGUUUGCUAAGCCUGAUCCUGCGGAGGGGGAGGGCGAGCCGGCGCAGAUGGUUUUCUACUGUAAGGCUGGUGUGCGGGCGAGGGCGGCGGCGCAGAUGGCUGUUCAGGCUGGGUAUGAUCCUGAGACCGUGGGAGUUUAUGAUGGCAGUUGGCUGGAUUGGGAGAGGAAGGGGGGUAAGGUUGAGAAGUGGGAGGGAGGGGAUUUCUAA